AUGGGAAACUGUUGUAGACGUGAAUCAUCAAUGGUUUGGGCAUCCGUGGAAGAUGAGUGGAAUCAAUCUGUAACGCUAAAGAAGGAAAAAGAAAGCCUUCUCAGUGAUCAUGAUCAUAACAGAGAGGAGGUGAAGAUCAAGAUUACAAAGAGGCAGCUCCAGGAAUUUCUGGGCAGAGUUGACAUGGAGGACUUGACUACGGAGCAAGCCUUAUGCCAGUUAGUCAACGCCGGCGAUGGCAAUCUUUCCGACGUUCAAAGUCGCCGGCCUUGGAGGCUCCGUCUACACAGUAUUCCUGAAGUCGAUUAA